CGCAAAUGUGCGCCGCAUCGCCAUUCGAGACCUGCCACCUAUUCCGUCGCUCGGUUCCUCGCCAUGGAUUCGGUCCUUUUUCGACAGCACACCUCGGGCCGCUCGGCUCGCAGCCCUCAAGGGUCUCAGCCGUCGUCAAGCCAGCAGCACAAAAGGCGGAGGGACGUCACGCCGGACUUCAACAAUAGCGACCCUGCUGUGAUAGACUUGACACUGUAUUCGGAUGACGGAGCUGUCAAAGUCGCCCGCUCACCGAACACGAAGGCCAUAGGGAAGGAAAGAACGCCCAAACGACCGCGCACGGCGAACCGGGAACAGGAAGCUCCGACGACAGGCGGAAUUACAACGUCGAAGUUGAAGUUACCUUCGAAGAAACGGGAGGUCAUCGAGGUUCCAAGUGGAGAGGAAGAUGUGACCUCCGACACCCUGUUUCACGGUCUCUCCGCUUCCAUGGUGCCAGGAGGCAUAUCUAUUCGGGAGCAAAUACGUUUGAAGAGUCAGUUCGUCGCAUCGGGUGGGACCGUCUGCGAUAGCCACAAAGCGGGAAAGAACGUUAUCCUCAUCACCCGACUCCCCCCGUCUCGGCUGCUUCGUGCACUCAAGAUACCUCGGCUCGGAGAUGGUGUACAGGUCGUCAGCCCUGAAUGGCUCUUGCAGAGUGUGAAGGCUGGUUCUGUCCAGGAUCUGAAGGCUUUUCAAAUACCCGAGAUCCAAGUGGGAGAGGCACCAUCACCGUCUAGCCCUGUAGCUAAGCGAGAGAAGGACUACGAGACCGAUGUUUCUACCGACGGAACAGAGAUCAUCGAGAUUGUACCGACCGCUUCAUCCCCACGUAAACCGGUCAUUUCGCCUCUUGCCAACAAACAGGGUUCGGUCAAACCAAACUCGAACGAAAACGAAGUGACAGGCGUAGAUCUCUUGCAUCAAAUCAUGGAUCAGGUCAAAGAAGGUGCAAUCGCGAUUUCGGAUCUCGAAGCCAGCUCGGGAGAAGAAGGGGCAUCGAGCUCAGAGGAUGAGGAUCUGAAAAAGUUAAAAGAGGAGGCAUCUUGCAGAAAGACAAAAAAUCAGAAAGCAUUUCUGUGCAUGCAACCAGAAGGACGGAAGAAUGUGGACGAUACCAACAAGAACGUCGCGUUGACCGAUUUGUUAGAGGUUGUUAUGAAGCAACAUGAUGCGGAGGGUGACACUUUCAGAGUGUUGUCGUACCGGAAGGCAAUACAAGCCCUGAAACGGCAUGGGAAGGUCAUUCAGAGCGGCGCUGAGGCAAAGAAAAUUACCGGAAUAGGUGCCAAAAUCGCAGAGAAGAUUGACGAAAUCAUCACCACAGGCACCUUACGCAAAGCGGAGCACGUCUCACAACAUGUCGCAAUCCUCGAAAUGUUUCAAAAAAUCCACGGAUGUGGGGCCAAGACCGCGCAGGCGUGGUACACCAAAGGCUGCCGAACCCUGGACGACGUGAGAUCGCAGAUCAGCUUGACGCACGAUCAGUUGUUGGGGUUGGAGUAUUACGACGAUCUGCAGCAGAAGAUGCCGAGGGCUGAAGCGGAGGCGAUUGCGGAGUAUGUGAAGACGGCGUGUCGGGAAGUGGAUGAGCAAUUUGAGUGUUUUAUUAUGGGGUCGUAUCGGCGAGGAAAGGCUAUGUGUGGGGAUGUGGACGUCAUUGUAACCCACCCAGAUAACAGAUCACACACAACCAUCCUACCUGCGAUCCUCAAACACCUCCGCGAAAAAACGAAUAUCAUAUUAGGCGACUUGACAUCCCGGAGCAUUGACGCCGGCGGUAAUCACUCCUACAUGGGCAUCUGCAAGCUACCUGGGGGGUCGGGAAUCGCUCGCCGCCUGGACGUUUGGACGGUGCCGUAUGAUGAGCUGGGAUCGUCGUUGUUGCAUUGGACUGGGAACGAUAUCUUCAAUCGGUCGAUACGGCUACUGGCUUCGACGAAAGGAAUGCGGCUUUCUCAGCAUGGAUUAUACGCAAACGUCAUAAGAGGACCCAAACGGUCCAAAAUCACCGACGGGACUCGGAUAGCGAGCAAGACUGAGGAAGAGAUAUUCGAGGCGCUUGGUGUGCCGUAUCAUCCGCCCGAGGAGAGGAAUUGCUAAUGUACCGUCCAUGUCGGCAGUCAAUCAGCAACCCCGCAGUCUGUGUAUGAGCAUCAAGGAGCAGGCAUCCUUACUUUUGGCUAACCAACGCCGGCAGGAAUAUCUAUUGUUGGGGCUUUGUACAUAUGCAUGCUGCCAGUGUUUCGUCACGGCGCCCUAUCCUAUUCAACAACCCUUGACAUGGGCUAAAACUAGAUAAGCUAGCUUGUGACUAGAGUAUGUAACAAGAUGCCCGCCGCGACAGAUACAUUCAAUGAAUCUACGGUGUAUAAAUCCGGUGGAGCUGUGUCGCGUACUCUGCUGUCGGCUGCUUUUCCGAUGUCGUCGUCCUCAUCCGCGAAAUCUCCAAUGACAAGAUGAUCGUGACAUACGUUUGAUACUACGGCGCGGAGUCCGGUGCCUUCACUGCCCAGUACUAGGAUUGUUGGACUGUUGAGUAAGACCGGUAGCUCGU